AGCUCUCAUUUCGCCAUAGCUGCUGGAGCUGCUCGGUUGUUCGCGCUCGGUGAAUCGGCUGCUUGUCGUCACACUUCGGUCUCUUGGUUUAUUUUACUUCCGGUUGGGGGUCGGAAUUAGUACCUUUUCCACAUUCAACUGCAACAGGUGCUGAAGACAACCAUAAAAAAUAUAAGAUAUCAACACAUUCGGCUCCCCCACAUGAUGCAUAAACGCAUCCAAGCUAACUAGAGUACCAACAGUCCCGGAAAAUACGGAUAUUUGGUCGGGGAAAUGAGCCGCCCAUUAUGUACUUAGGAUCGGUCGGAGGAAACGAUAGAGAGCAAUGGAAAAACCCGCAAUCCUGGCGCGGAAGGAUGUCCUACGGCGCUCAAGGAAGUGCUCGAAGGGUCUAAAGUGCCUGUCAUUCGAUUUCCAAUUCCGGCUGCUUCUCCACUAUCUGCUGCUAAGCUCGUUGUCUGGCCCGCAUUGCGUAUACGCCACGAUGGCCGGCAGCGAGGCGCUGAGCGCAAGCAACUGUCACGACAUCCACCACGGAUUCGAUGUGUACCCCAAUCCCACUGCGGUAUCGCAGGGUCAAUCCACGGACACGCCCCUGACCCUGACAUUGCCGCCCUCCGGAUGGAAGUGUUGCUGCUGGAAUGCCAGUAAUCAAAACGAAGAGGUGGAGUGUCGUUGUGGGGGCGACGGACUAAACCGUGUACCGCAAACGCUUAAGCGGCCCAUCCAGCGACUGACCAUUGCGUCGGCGGGGCUGCCUCGACUACGUAACACAGGACUGAAGGUCUACGGUUCCACACUGCUGGAUGUGGCCUUCACUGACUGCCUGCAGCUGGAACUGAUACAGGACGGCGCUUUCGCCAAUUUAACGCUGCUGCGCACAAUCUACAUCUCCAAUGCACCGAAGCUGACCUUUCUCUCAAAGGACGUAUUCUUUGGCAUUUCGGGGAGCGUUGAAAUUAUACGCAUUAUAAAUAGCGGACUUACCAGAGUACCGGAUCUGGGCCACCUUCCACCGCAUAAUAUUUUGCAAAUGAUAGAUCUCGAUAAUAAUCAAAUCACUCGAAUAGAUACUAAAUCCAUAAAAGUGAAGACUGCUCAAUUAAUUUUGGCCAACAAUGACAUAAGCUACGUCGAUGACUCGGCAUUUUUCGGCUCCAAGAUAGCCAAACUCUCGCUAAAGGACAAUCCAAAGCUCAAAGAGCUGCAUCCAAACGCAUUUGAUGGCAUCAUAGACAUAACUGAACUUGAUCUCUCCAGCACUUCGCUAGUUGGAAUGCCUUCAGUCGGACUGCAGACCAUCGAAGCAUUGUACAUACAAAACACACACACUCUGAAAACUAUUCCUUCGAUCUACAAUUUUCGGAAUCUGCAGAGGGCCUACCUUACGCACUCCUUUCACUGUUGCGCCUUUCAGUUCCCAUCGCGACACGAUCCCCAACGCCAUGCUCAGCGAAUGCUGGAGAUUCAAAAGUGGCGGGAGCAAUGCAAAAGUGACCACGUGUCCCGAAAAGAGAGGUCCACUGUGGAUAAUCUUAACAGUAUGCCCGAGGAGUUUGGAAGUUUCGGUAGCACCGAUCAAUCAGCAACGGACAUGACCUCCAUGACAUACGCUUCAUUCGAUUACAUGUCUGAUGACACAAUGAACAAGGGAACUUUUCAUGAAAAGAUCACCCUUAAUCCAGAGGACGACAUAGACGAACUCUGCGGUAAUUUUACAUUCAGAAAACCAAAUAUAGAAUGUUAUCCCAUGCCCAAUGAUCUUAAUCCUUGCGAGGAUGUCAUGGGCUACCAAUGGCUUCGUAUAUCCGUUUGGAUUGUGGUAGCUCUGGCCGUGGUUGGCAAUGUGGCAGUGCUGACUGUAAUUCUAUCGAUUAGACCCGAAUCAACGCCAGUGCCGCGAUUUCUGAUGUGCCAUCUGGCCUUCGCCGAUCUCUGUUUGGGAGUCUAUCUGCUCUUUGUGGCCUCCAUCGAUGCCCAUUCCAUGGGGGAGUAUUUCAACUUCGCCUACGACUGGCAAUAUGGGCUCGGCUGCAAAGUUGCUGGUUUCCUCACCGUGUUUGCAAGCCAUUUGUCGGUGUUCACGUUGACCGUGAUUACCAUCGAGCGAUGGCUUGCGAUUACGCAGGCCAUGUAUUUGACCCAUCGCAUCAAGUUGCGCCAGGCUUCAAUCAUUAUGCUGGGCGGCUGGAUUUACUCCGUGCUCAUGUCCUCGCUGCCUUUGUUUGGUAUCAGCAAUUAUUCGUCGACGAGCAUCUGUCUUCCGAUGGAAAUCCGUGAUGGAUUCGACACGGCGUAUCUGAUUGCCAUCCUGGCGUGCAACGGCGUGGCCUUCACCAUCAUAGCUGUGUGCUAUGCGCAGAUAUAUCUAUCUUUGGGUCGCGAAACGCGACAGGCGCGACAAAAUAGUCCGGGAGAGUUGAGUGUAGCCAAGAAGAUGGCGCUUCUGGUCUUUACAAACUUUGCCUGUUGGUCUCCUAUCGCAUUCUUUGGACUCACGGCGUUGGCUGGAUUCCCUCUGAUCAAUGUGACCAAGUCGAAAAUAUUGCUAGUAUUCUUCUACCCAUUGAACUCGUGUGCGGAUCCCUACUUAUAUGCCAUACUAACGUCUCAGUAUCGGCAGGAUCUGUUUACCUUGUUGUCGAAGUUGGGCUUGUGCCGACAGAGCGCUUUGAAAGACAAGGACGGCUCAUCCACCCGUGGCACCACCCGAUACACCAUUAAUGGAUCCAUUCAGAGGCAUGCCUCGCUAACCUGCAAAAUGCAGACGGUAGUGGGCGCAGAGACACAAAAAAUGCUGAAGAACGGCGAGGAUUAUGUUUAAACUGAAGCUUGGGUAUUCCGCAUACACUUCUUCCCCCUGUUGUGAUAUAUACAUAUACUAUUAAUGUACGCUCUCUUCUAUGUAACACCGUCAGUUCCAGUAUUGUUAGUAUCCUCUGAUUAAUGAUAUUUUAAAUAUUUAGGUUUGUUUUUCGUUGUUUUCUUGUCAUACUUAAGCCUUUUAGUCUAAUCUACACAGUUGUACCUAAAAAUAGUAUUGCUAAUUGAAAAGAAAAGAGCUUGUCCCAGUCAAAGUAUAUAUAAAUGUAAAAUAGUUGGUUUCUACUUGACAUACAUAUAUGUAUACGAUUUUAGAUGUGAAUGUUUGAAAUGUUUAGAUAAAUGU